GGAGGAAAAUGGCGCGGAAUAUCGUCUUCCUUACUCGGUAAUGGGGACCCCAGCCAACCAACCAGCCUAAUCCAAUCUCAUCCUGAUUUCACCUCUCACUUCCCUCUCCGUCUCUCGCUGAACACCCGACGUCGAGCAAAAUGUCGCAUACAACCCUCGAUUGCAUCGCCAAAGCCGACAUCGAAGCUCUAGGGAUACCCUCCGAGGUCGCCGAUGCAAUUUACCUGAAGGUGGCGGAGAUCCUGCGUGAUUGCGGACCUGCCUCCCCCGACACUUGGAAGCGGAUCUCCAAAGAAGUCCUUCGUCCUGAUCUCCCCUUCUCCUUUCAUCAGAUGAUGUACUACGGUUGCUAUAGAGAUUUCGGGCCCGAUCCUCCUGCUUGGAUGCCCGACCCGGACGCUGCAUUGCAAACAAAUGUUGGCCAGCUAUUGGAAAAUAAAGGAAGAGAAUUCUUGGGGUCAAAAUACAAGGACCCCAUAUCAAGUUUCUCUGAUCUUCAGGAAUUUUCUGUUUCACAGCCCGAGGUUUAUUGGAAAACCAUACUGGGUGAGAUGAAUGUAACCUUUUUGGUGCCCCCUGAAUGUAUGUUACGUGAGAAUUCAUCUGUAGAAAGUAACAUGCCGGGUGGUCAAUGGCUUCCUGGAGCAUAUGUGAAUCCGGCAAAGAAUAGCUUGAAUGUGAACUGUAAGAGAAGUUUGAAUGAUAUAGUAAUAAGGUGGUGUGAUGAGGGAGAUGAUAAUCCGCACGUGAAAACCAUGACACUUAAGGAGCUGAGAGAGGAGGUUUGGUUAGUCUCACAUGCACUUGACACCCUUAGUUUGGAGAGAGGAUCUUCCAUUGCAAUUGAUAUGCCAAUGAAUGUUUACUCUGUGGUUAUCUACUUAGCAGUUGUUCUAGCAGGCCAUGCAGUUGUGUCCAUUGCUGACAGCUUUGCUUCAGCCGAAAUAUCAACAAGGCUUAAAAUAUCAGAAGCAAAGGCUAUAUUUACUCAGGAUCUUAUUAUUCGUGGUGAAAAAAGUAUACCCUUGUACAGUAGAGUAGUGGAAGCAGAAGCACCUUUGGCUGUUGUUAUACCAAGCAAAGGCUCUAGCUUCAGCACAAAAUUGCGUGAAAAAGAUAUUUCUUGGCAUGACUUCCUGGAAAGCGUCAGAAAUAUCAAAGGAGAGGAAUUUGCUGCUAUAGAAAAACCAAUAGAAUCAUUUACAAACAUCCUCUUCUCAUCUGGAACUACAGGGGAGCCAAAGGCAAUUCCAUGGACCAAUGUAACUCCUUUCAAGGCUGCAGCAGAUGCAUGGUGCCACAUGGACAUCCGCAGGGGAGAUGUUGUUGCUUGGCCAACAAACCUUGGAUGGAUGAUGGGUCCUUGGUUAGUGUAUGCUUCAUUGUUAAAUGGUGCUUCCAUUGCACUUUAUAAUGGAUCUCCCCUUGGUUCUGGCUUCGCAAAGUUUGUACAGGAUGCUAAGGUAACAAUGCUAGGUGUCAUCCCAAGCAUUGUCCGGACAUGGAAAAGUUCAAACUGCGUUGCUGGCUAUGAUUGGUCUGCCAUCCGUUGUUUUGCCUCCACUGGUGAAGCAUCUAAUGUGGAUGAGUACCUAUGGCUGAUGGGGAGAGCUUAUUACAAGCCUAUCAUCGAAUAUUGUGGUGGCACUGAAAUUGGUGGUGGUUUUGUUACUGGAUCAUUAUUACAGCCACAGUCAUUGGCUGCUUUUAGUACACCGGCUAUGGGUUGCAAUUUGUUUAUUCUUGGUGAUGAUGGUCUCCCUAUUCCUCCAAAUGUGCCAGGGAUGGGGGAACUGGCCCUUGGUCCCCUAAUGUUUGGAUCUUCAAGUACAUUAUUGAAUGCAGAUCAUUAUGAUGUAUACUGUAGAGGAAUGCCUUUGUGGAAUGGAAAGAUUCUAAGAAGGCAUGGGGACUUUUUUGAACGGACCUCUAGAGGAUACUAUCAUGCACAUGGUCGUGCUGAUGACACAAUGAAUCUUGGAGGUAUCAAGGUUAGUUCUAUUGAGAUUGAGCGCAUUUGUAAUGGAGCUGAUAGCAGUGUCCUUGAAACAGCAGCCAUUGGGGUGCCACCUCCCGAUGGUGGACCUGAGCAAUUGGUAAUUGCUGUUGUAUUCAAGGAUUCAGAUCAGUCAACACCAGAGUUGAGUCAGUUGAGAUUGUCUUUUAACUCAGCAAUCCAGAAGAAACUCAAUCCAUUGUUCCGAGUAUCUAACGUCAUACCCCUCUCAUCUCUUCCAAGGACAGCAACAAAUAAGGUAAUGAGAAGGGUUUUGCGGAAGCAAUUUGCUCAAGCAGAUCAGAAUGGUAAACUAUAGAAGAUGCUGGUUUUCCAUUACCAAUCUGCUUUCCUUUCAUUGAAAUUGAUGAUAUUAUUGUACAAUACAUUUCUUCUGAUCCUCAGAGAUGAAAUAAGUUGUCCCAUGAUUAGAAUAUUCGUUUGAGGAAUCAUAAUUGCCGGCAUUUGUGCUUUUUUACAUGCUACAUUCUGAGCAGGCAAAACUUCCAGGGAAGCAAAGCCAAUGAAAAAAGGCUUUAAGUUUCAUCAAAGUUAAUUGUAGAAUCAGCAACAUUCUGUAAGCUGAAUCAUAACUAGCUGCAUUAUGGUGUAUGAGGGGAAUUUGAAAGGUUUCCCAAAAUUUUCAGACAGUGUUCAUUCAUGAUGUUGAUGACAACUCUUCAUGGUGUGCAAAGGUUUUAUACGCUUCAGUGUGACAUGCAGUGAUUUCUAAUGUGUUAUCUUUUA